UAUCAUGUAUGUCGUUGACGCUGGUUUCUCGAAGCUGAAAGUCUAUAACCCCCGAAUGGGUAUGGAUACACUACAGAUCACGCCGAUCUCACAAGCCAAUGCCAACCAGCGUUCCGGGCGUGCGGGACGAACAGGGCCUGGCAAAGCAUACCGUCUCUACACCGAGGUGGCAUACAAAAACGAGCUGUAUCUACAGACUAUACCGGAAAUCCAGCGCACUAGCUUGUCCAACACGGUUCUUCUUCUCAAGUCUCUUGGGGUCAAGGACCUCCUGGAUUUCGACUUCAUGGAUCCACCGCCACAGGAAACCAUUUCAACAUCAUUGUUCGAGCUCUGGUCCCUAGGCGCUCUGGAUAACCUUGGUGAUCUCACGCCGUUGGGACGUCAGAUGACACCAUUCCCCAUGGAUCCGCCACUCGCCAAGCUUCUCAUAACGGCCGCCGAAGAUUACAGUUGCAGUGAGGAAAUGCUGACUAUCGUAUCUAUGUUGUCUGUGCCGAGUGUCUUCUACCGUCCCAAAGAGCGCCAGGAAGAGUCGGAUGCCGCCCGCGAGAAAUUCUUCGUCCCCGAAUCAGACCACUUGACGCUACUCCACGUUUAUACCCAAUGGAGAACCAACGGCUAUUCAGAUGGCUGGUGUAUCAAACAUUUCCUUCACUCGAAGGCCCUGCGCCGAGCUAAGGAAGUUCGCGAACAGCUUCAUGACAUCAUGACCGUGCAGAGGAUGCCACUCGUCAGCUGCGGGACAGACUGGGAUGUGAUCCGUAAAUGCAUUUGCUCUGGGUUUUACCACCAAGCAGCUAAGGUGAAGGGGAUCGGCGAGUUCAUCAAUCUGCGGACCAGUGUGACCAUGCAGCUGCACCCCACCAGUGCGCUGUACGGUCUGGGAUAUGUGCCUGAGUAUGUGGUCUACCACGAAUUGAUCUUAACCAGCAAGGAGUACAUGUCCACUGUCACUGCCGUGGAUCCUCACUGGCUCGCUGAACUCGGAGGGGUCUUCUACUCUGUCAAGGAAAAAGGAUAUUCGCAGCGGGAGCGCCGCGUAACGGAACUAGAAUUCAAUCGCCGCAUGGAGAUUGAGACCCAAAUCGCCGCAGACCGGGAGCGGGCUGCAGCAGAAAAGCAAAGAGAAAUCGAGCGGAACGACCCAUCAAGACGGAAGAAAGAAGUCGAAGUGGGAGGAUCUGCCGUGCGACGUCCAGCCAUCACCGGCAAAAAGGUCGGGGGUGUCACAGCAUCGUCCACAUCGCGGAAUGGCUCCGGUGGUGGUGGUGGCAGCGUAGUCAAGAAACCACCGGUGAAGAGACGACCUGGACGAGCCUUUUAGAAGGUUGCAACUCGCAUGGACUGUACAGUAUACGCAUAGACUACUACUACUAUAUACCCUGAUUAGGCAUUGCAUGAGUCGGUUACGGAUUGAACGGGUAUGAAAUACAAAAGGCGUUCUCAGGAUUCCAUCAAUAGCUUCUCAAUCUUAGAGUCUAUACUCAUAACAUCCCCUCUACGCAGACCAAACACCCAACCAAAGUCCCACCUAAAAAAGACCAAGAGAAAAA